GCAGCAAACGCAUCCACAGCAACUCUUCAACCAAUCUCGAGUUUCCAAUCUAAACUCUUCACAAAGACGGGAUCGACACCAGAGAACUACCCUCAUACAAACCUCGAACCACCUACCGCAGCCAAUCAGCUCCGCCUACAACACGACCCACACCAUCAUCCUAUCAUCUAUCCUCUAUUAGAAUUCAAACAUCAUGCCUGCUCUUCCAUUCAACUCGUCCGCUGCUUCGUCACCUUCAUCUUCACCUACCUUGUCGCCUACCAUGACGCCUUCAAUAGUUCUCCAUCCCGCAUCGGGUGUCUCAUCACAGAAGAAGGAGCUUCUCAAGCCAAAGGAAGAUCCUGCGCAGGCCUACCGCAUUCGUUAUGCGCAGUACCUUGCAGCCACCUUUGGCUUCUCGAUGCAGGCCGCGCUCGCCGAGGCGGAUAGCCAGCUUGCGCCGAGACGUUCGUCAAGUUCGAGCAUGUCGGAAGCUGAGUCGUUACGCGCGAUUUGAGCUGGGCGGAUUGCGGAAGGGUGUUUUAUGACUUUAUGAUGCAUAUAUAGGGUAAUGGGCAUUGGGAUGGGGUAUUUGGCGCAUAUUGAGACAUCUCGCAGUGCACAAUCAAAAGCGUUCUCUGUUCUA